UAGACGUUUUUAUCAAGAGACGGAUUACACAACUUGGUAUGGAUGAAACCCACGGUCACAACAUUGGCGCAGCCGAGUCUUCUGAUAUAAGUGGUAAAUCGAACAUGACUGAACACGAGCUACUGAAGGAAAUAAAAGCUCUCCGAAACGAGAAUAGAAAAUUGAAAACGAAGAUAAGCCACGCAGAUCCGAAUGAAACUAAUGAUGUCGAAUUACUGGUACAGCAGCCAGAAGCUACACAACAUGUCCGCUAUAGCAGAGCUCGCAUCGAUACGUCAUCGCCAGUAAUGUCUGGGAUUUCACCGGCCUCCAUGAGCGGGAUGCCAAUCAACGCAUUGGGUAUUCCGGAAUGUCUUCCUUCGGAUGGAGAAACGGAGAUAGAUAGAAAAUCUUAUGAGCACUGGAAGCAAAUCAUGGAAGCAUCUUUGGAUUUAAUGAAGUCAACUGAUGAAAAGACUAGGAUGGGUAUUUUUAAAAUAAAAGCUGGUGCAAAGUUGUUAGAAGUGUAUGAAAGUACAGCAACCCGACCUGGAAUGCCGGAUGAGAAAAUGGAACCGUAUUCCAAUGCCCUUGCACGAUUAAACGAGUAUUUUGGUUCAAGAACGUAUAUACUAUCACAAAGAAGCAAGUUAAUCAAUAUGGUACAAAAGAAGGAUGAAAAUAGUGUUCAGUUUGUAAGAAGAGUCGGAGCAGCAACAAAAUUAUGUGGAUAUCAUGAGACCGAAGAAAUGGAAGCUAUGGUGCGUACAAUAACUAGAGGAACUCUUGAUAGCCGGGUGCGUAUACUUGCACAUAGGAAUUGGGUUCGACAAGGUUCUUUAAAGGAUUUGAUUGAUGCUGUUCGUGAUUCGGAAAUAGAGCGAUUUAAUGAGGAGGAGUUUGAAAAAUCUCAACAGCGUAAUCCACCAGUGAGGCACAGCCCUGCUAUAAUAGCAGCUGUCGGUCAUUAUUCCAAUCAACGGAACUUUCGUCAUGCAAGAUUUGGUGCUGGCAAGCAGAAUUGGAAUCCAAGCGGCAGAAACGAUGCGUACUAUAAUAACCGCCCUAGUGCAAACAGAGGACGAAGAAAGAUCUUUGCGCGUAAUUCAGAGUUGCCUGGUCGUAGUACUGAAGCUAACCAAUGUUGGAGAUGCGGCAGCACAUAUCACAAAGCCUCUGAGUGCCCCAUGAUUGACAAAGUUUGCCACAAGUGCGAAAUUAAGGGUCAUAUUUCGCGAAUGUGUACAAUGAGCUCUGGACCUCGAGGGCUAAAGAGACGAUUGCAAAAUGAAGAUUCAUCGAGUUCCCGGUUCAACGAAUCCCGUAGGAAUGCCAUUAUAAGUGAUCAUACUGAGGAGGCUGACGAAAAGGUAGAGAAGGUAUUUUCCAAUGAUGAUUUGAAUAUUUAA